GCGGGGGGAGAAGUCCAAUUUUAGAUGGGCCAACUCAGAAAGUUGGCCACUGGAGCCUAAAUUAUGAGUCCCUGAGAUAUUUCUAGACGUUGGACCAAGAUAUAAAGAGAAGGGUGCGGCAAUACGGAUUCAUUUGCAAUCGCCGGCCAUUUGAGCAACCAUGUCUCUAGAAAGGGCUAUUCGCGCUAAGAUCGCCGGAAAGAGGAACCCCGAGCAGGAGAAAGAGGCCCAAGAAUGGAUGGAGGCGAUUCUUGGUGAGAAAUUCCCCCCCGGCACCACUUACGAGGACCACCUCAGAGACGGUCAAGUGCUCUGCGCCCUCAUGAACAAACUGGCCCCGGGAUCCGUGCCGAAGAUCAACACGUCUGGGGGACAGUUCAAAAUGAUGGAGAACAUAAACAAUUUCUUGAAAGCUCUCGGCGCUUAUGGAGUCGCAGACUUGGACUUGUUUCAGACAGUCGACCUAUGGGAAAAGAAAGACAUCGGUCAAGUCACGAUGACCCUCUUCUCCCUUGGAAGGGCGACAUACAAACACCCGGAAUGGACUGGUCCAUACCUCGGACCCAAACCGGCCGAUGAGUGCAAGAGAGAAUUUUCGGAAGAACAGCUCAGGGCUGGAGAAUCCAUCAUCGGCCUACAAGCCGGCUCGAACAAAGGCGCGACGCAAGCAGGACAAAACAUUGGCGCUGGACGUAAAAUCCUCCUCGGAAAAUAAAUGUACAAAAAAAUAUAAUUUUUUUAAAUAAAACAGUUCUGAUGACUGAUUCAGCGGCAAAAACCUUUCAAAA